AUGAAUGUGCAGCACAAUUACGUUGGUUUUUUACCGCCGGUGGUCGGAUAUUGUCGAGUGGAGUCUCGGACAUUCGAAAACCGCGUGAUAACGCUUAUCUCGCGGGGUAGCAGCGGGUUCGUUGGCUGCCACUUCUGGUGGGCGUGGUCGAUCAUUGACCAUACCUACAAGAACGGCCUUGAGGAUGUCUACGGUCGUGCGGUGGCACGUGACGCAUCGCGUGUGUAUAAUAAUAUUAUUAUGGAAGUGUUGUAUCUUGUACGUAUGGCGAAUACUGGGAAAAUAACUCGCGCUGCAUCGAGGCCUCGUGGUGGCGGGCCACUUCUCCCCCCCUCACGGGCAGCCGACGAGCACACAAACCGUAUCAUACCCUCUCUGGAAUUUCUCUGGCGCGAUAGGCAUCGUGUGCAGCACGAUGAAGACGGUAUACGGGUGCGCAUCUAUUGCGCUGCAGAUUCCGACGAAAUGACCGUCGUGCAUGCCACCGUCGGAUGUCGAUGA